AUGAUUCAAGUCCAAAAAUCAGAAUUAUCGGGUCAUUGUGCUGGUAUUACUAGUGUCAUUGAAAACGAUCUUCUUGCUAAACGUCCAGUAGUGAUUAUUCACGGUAGUGGUCGUUUGGCUACUGCAAUUGGUAAUUUAUUGGAGUUGACACGUGAUCAAACUACUAUUGGAACAAAUGAAAUUAAGCAACAAUUGGAAAAAGUCAUUGUAUCACAUCGUACAAAAGAACUCUCAGAUGUACAGUUACAACAAAUUCAAUUUAUUUUGAUGUCCGAGAAUCGACCGUAUUUGAGUGUAUUUCGGCUUGAUGACAAUGCAAGUCUCACUGAUACUAUUUUCUUAGCUGUUUUUAAAGCUCAAAUGCAUCGUGAAAAUAAAGAAACAACACAUAAUAACAAAGAUCAACGCUCCGCUCGCGUUAAGAAUAUGCUGGAUUUAGCUGUUUUGUGGAACUAUGUUAAUGGUAUUAAUGAUGUGCUUGAAAACAAAGAGACCAUUAAUUACGAUCGAACAUGGGACACAGAUUUGUUUGAAAAAGCCUUGAUGACCAAUCGACCAGCAUUUGUCGAUUAUUUUCUUCGAAGACAAUAUGAUGUGCUCGAAACAAAGGAGUAUAUCGAGUUUAUCGAUCGCGGUGAACGUAUUCCACAGAUCUGUGCUGCACUUCGUGCUAUGAUUUUAUCGUCACUACUGACUGACAUGGAUUCAGUAACGACUGAGAUGAAUAAUAAUGGAGAUGAAAUUUCAACUAGUGAUGUAGCUGAAAAUGAAGACGAUACUGCAAAUGUGCGUGCUGCAUUUGGUCGCAAAUUUGUCAUUGAAAAGCUGUAUGCAAAUCGAAUCGAUCAUCUUAAGCUUAAAUCUCGGAUAGCUGUAGCUCUUGUGGCUGCUGGCAUCACUCGUCAAUUGAUGUCCACUACACCUGAAUAUUUAGAUCAAUUACACAAGUUCCAAAAACAAUCUAAAGACUAUGAACAAUUUGCUACAGCAUGCAUUGAUGCUUGCUACCAACGAAGUGAAAGAUACGCUUGUCAACUACUUUUACGAGAAAUUCCAUUCCUUGGAAAUAUAACUUGCAUGCAAGUAGCUAUUUCGUUUCGUAUCAAAUCAUUUAUUAAUAGUCGUUGCUUUAAUCAAGUACUUAAUCGACAAUGGUUUUCGGAAACAGACGAAUUGAAAGCAGAAAUCGAAGCUUUAAAACGUAAAAGCAAUCAAAUGUAUACUACCAUUGAUACCAUGAAUGCUCAAUCAAAGCGAAUGAUUCCUGCAACGAAUUGGAUGAUGAAAGCUAUGGAUCGAGUGAAAAUGUCAUCACAACGACCGCCACCAUUUGUAUUUUCAUCAAGUUCUGAAGCUUGA